AUGGCUAUUAUGUUUCAUUCUGAGGAUUUCUCGAAGCCAUUCUUAAGCUUUAAUUUCUCGAGAAUACAAGUGGCUAUUACCGAUCAACAAGAUGUGACUACUACCAGUGCGACUGUCGUUGUACCUCCGAGCACGGGAAUUGAUCCAAGUGAUCCUCUGUAUCUGCAUCCAUUCGAUAAUCCUGGUACGAUACUUGUGUUUGUCCCAUUCGAUGGGAUAGGGUAUAGAUCUUGGAGACGUAGUGUUCUUCGUGGGUUGUCCGUAAAGAACAAAUUAGGCUUUGUGAGUGGGGAGUGCAAGCAACCAAAUCCUCAAUCCCCAACUUAUCGACAGUGGGAACAAUGUGGCAACAUGGUAAUUUCAUGGAUUCUAAAUUCUAUUUCCAAAGAAAUUACGGACAGUGUGGAAUAUGCGAGUGAUACUUUUGAGCUAUGGAAGGAGCUGGAGGAUCGCUAUGAACAAACCAAUGGAGCUAGAUUGUAUCAAAUUCAGAAAGAAAUCAAUGAUCUCUCAGAGGGAGCCCUUGACAUCACUGACUAUUAUACUAAGCUAAAAAAACUAUGGGAAGAAAUAAAUACUCUAAACAAGAGGACUUAG